CACCCCUAGAGCUUGCCUGGUGUAUGACUUUCUUCUUCUUGGAGAGUUCAGCUCAGAACACUGAUGUGAGCUCAUCCACUUUUAUACAUCAGGAAGGAGUUUUUUAUUCAGCAAAUGUUGGCAACAGCAUCACUCUGCCAUGUUUUUACGGCGGAGGUGCAGUGAUGAUUUACUGGUUUAAACAAACUCUUGGACAGAAACCAAAUGCCAUUGCUUCUUUUUAUAAACACGAUGUACGUGGUAACUUUUACAAUGAGCACAAGAACAAAUCUCGUUUUGCACUAGAAGUGGGUAACGGUAAAAGUCACCUUCAAAUCUUUGAUUUGCUCACUUCAGACUCGGCUACUUACUACUGCGUUGCUAUUGAUGCAACCAAAUUUGAGUUUGGAGAUGGAGCUACAGUCAGCAUAGAAGAUGCGGGCUUUAACAUCCACACUUUGGUCCAUCAGCCAGUAUCAGAGACCAACCACCCAGGAGGCUCUGGAACUCUGAAUUGUACCGUAGACACAGGGGGCUGCAAUGGAGAGCACAGUUUUUACUGGUUUAAAGAGGCCAAAGGAUCUCAUCCAGGACUCAUUUAUACUCACGGUGGCAGGAAUGAUCAGUGUAAUAAAACAAUGAUGACACCAACACACACCUGCGACUACAGUCUGCCACUGAGGAGCCAGAAUGUGUAUGAUAAUGGGACCAACCAGUGUGCUGUAGCCUCAUGUGGACAUAUGCUGUUUGGAGAUUGGAAACAUAAGGAAUCACCAGGUGAGAUGAACUCCUCUGAACUUGUUAUAUACAUCUUAAGUGGAGCUUUGAUUUUCACCAUUAUCCUGAGUGCUGGGAUGGCUUUUUCACUAUGCAGGAUGAAGAAAACAAUCCGAUCUCAUUGUACAGGAAACUCGGCUACAGGAGCAGCAGAUCGAUGCAAAGAUUAUUCAGAGGGUAACCAAGAUGAAGAGGGACUCCAAUAUUCUGCUUUAAGGCAACACAUGUUUAACGGAACAAGAAGACAGAGAUAUGAUACAGCGAUUCAAUGUGUGUACACAAGUGUAAAACAGACCAAAUCCACGUUUCAACAACACUCUGUUGUUGAAACAUAAGUUAGAUUAGAUCAUGUACAUUUGUAAAUUUUUAUGGUUUUCCUGGGGCUAAUGUAUUUCUGUGACAGCUCUUGUCUGUACUGCUGAAAGAUUUCACUGUAGGUGUGUAACAAGAACAAGAACAAGAUAAGAUCAGAUCAGAUUGUGUUUUUACAAAUAGGGUAAGUUUCUAUCUUAAAUAAUCUGCAAGCAGUGUAGUAUAAUUACCUCCAGCUUUGGCAGGUUAAUG